GCCGCGCUCGAGGGAGGCAUGGCAGCGGCGCUUCCGGAAAGCGCUCCGGCGGGAAACGCGGCACCGGCGGGAGCGGGGCGGGGGUGCCGGGGCUCGCCGGGACCUCGGAGCGGGGUGCUGCGAUCUCGGGGAUCCCGCGGCACCGCGAGCCGGGCUCCGGGCAGCCCCGCGGCCUCGGGGAUGCUCUCUCGGGCACCGGGGCUGUGACACCGCCGGCGGCUCGGCAGGAUGGAAGGCACGGAGGUCCCCACGCCUGUCCCCGUCAGCGUCCCUGCGCUGGUCACAGAGCGGAGGUUCGCCCAGCGCCUCAGGGAAUGGCUGGAGCAGCAGCAGCUCUCGGACCGGCGCUACCAGCUGCAGCGGCUGCCGGGGGCCCGCGUGGCCCUGCCCGUGCUGGAGGAGAAGCUCUCCCGGCUCUGCCUGCCCGCGGAGAUGCCCUGCGAGCUGCUGCGGAUCCAGCAGCCCGUCCCCUGCAGGGCCGCCCGCCGGCGCUCGCCCGCCCAGCGGCUGCGGGACGAGCUGCGGACGCUGCUGGGGGACAGCUGGUCGGAGGAGCUGGAGCGGGAUGUGCCCCGCGCCUGGCAGCGCCACGGGGACCUGCUGCUGCUGAGCCACGACAGCUUCAGGGCUGCGGCCUGGGAGCGGCUGGGCUCGGCGCUCUGGCAGACGGUGGCCUCGGCGCUGGGGGCCCGGCGGGUGGCCCGGCGAGGGCGGGUGCUGCCGGAUGGGAUGCGGACCCCCAGUGUGACCCUGCUGCUGGGCCAGCACGGCUGGGUGGAGCACGUGGACAAUGGCAUCAGGUACACCUUCGACGUGACCAAGUGCAUGUUCUCCCCGGGCAACAUCACGGAGAAGCUGCGGGUGGCCUCCCUGCCCUGCUCCGGGGAGGUCGUGGUGGAUCUCUAUGCGGGCAUCGGGUACUUCACGCUGCCGUUCCUGGUGCACGCGGGAGCUGCCUUAGUGCACGCCUGUGAGUGGAACAGCCACGCCCUGCAGGCCCUGCACAGGAGCCUGCUGCUGAACGGGGUGCGGGAUCGCUGCCACAUCCACGCCGGGGACAGCCGGCAGCUGCAGCUGCGGGAUGUGGCACACAGGGUGAACCUGGGGCUGAUUCCCAGCUCGGAGCAGGGCUGGCCCGUGGCCUGCCGCGUGCUGAGGAAGGACACGGGGGGGGUUCUGCACAUCCACCACAACGUGGAGAGUCCCCCUGCGCCGGCCCCGCCGCAGAGCGCGGUGCUGCUGGCUGAGCAGAGGGCAGCCAGCCCCGGGGGACAGGCACGGCAGCCAGCAGAGGAUGGUGGGGAGCCGCUGGGGGCCAGGCGCAGGCCCGAGUGGCAGCAGUGGGCUGAAGGCACGGCCGCACGGAUCCGGGGGCUGCUGGCAGAGCUGCACGGGCGGCCGUGGCACACCAGAGUCCUGCACAUCGAGCCCGUGAAAUCCUACGCGCCACACGUGCAUCACCUCGUGCUGGACCUUGAGUGCCGGCCAGGGCUGCCCCUUUAGUAGGGCAUGGGCCCUGCUGGGGCUCCAGCUCCAUGGAAAGGUGGUCUCAAGCACCAGGGCAGGGGAUGCUACCAGCUGCCAGCUUGGAUGUGCCUUGUGUCUCCUGGUUCCCAGCAGUGCCUCUCUGUGCCCAGGGCACCCAGGGUUGUGCUCCUCUGGCAGAUCCCUUCAGGAUCCAGACAAGGAUGGAGCAAGCUGGGGCUCAGUGUCAAUGUUCUGCCCCGGCUCUGCCAGUCACUGCCAGGUCUUGGGCACAUGGUAGCACCUUGUGCCCUGUUUUCACACAGAAGAGAGCCACGGUGCUGAGAAGCCUUGGAUUCCUGCUGGGUUCAUUUCAGCAGGUCAGGGACAAGCUUUGUGCUUGUAUUUACCAGCAUGUUUUUUUAAUGUACUGGAAGCAAGUCUGUUCAUCAUGUUUCUUUCCUAUAUUUUUUAAGAAGUAAAGAUGUUUCUCACCA